AUCAGUUUUUCCAGUUUCGGAAUCAUGGCCAUGAAUCCAAUCCGGGGUAGUGUCACGGGAGCUGAGGUAACUUUUCAUUCUCCCCAUCCUACACACACAUAUACACUAAAUGCACAUUAUCACAUAAUGCUUUCCUCUAUCUUCAAGUCAUCUUUCUCAAGACUCCAUUAAUCACGUUGCAUUGCUUAUGGGCUUUGUAUUGGUAUUCCUCAAUUAGGGUUUCUUUGCCUUGCCCACCAGGUGUUUGAUAAAUUCCUUAUGUCAGACUUGGGUUGGCUUGUGAAUGAUUUUUGUAUAAAUAAAUGUUGUUUUCGUAGAAGAACUCUCAUUGUGUCCUGUUUGUUUUGAUUUAUUAAACCAAAUGGAGAAUUUGGAGAUUGUUCAGAAAGUUGGAGUUGUUUUGGUUUGUGUGUAUUUAUCAUGGAGGAUCAUUAGAUACAUUUGGAGCUUUUUGGAUGUUGAAAAAGAUCCUCUUAUUGUGCUUGUUACUGGAGCUGCAGGCCAAAUAGCCUAUGCCCUAUUUCCAAUGAUCGCAAAAGGGGCAAUGUUAGGUCCAGAUCAACCAGUAAUUCUACACAUGCUUGAUAUUGAGCCUGCUGGUGACAUCUUAAAAGGGGUAAAAUUGGAACUAAUGGAUGGAGCAUUCCCUCUUCUCAAAGGUGUUAUUACCACAACCGAUGUUAUUGAAGCUUGUAAAGGUGUCGAUAUUGCAAUCAUGCUUGGUGGAUUCCCUCGUAGAAAAGGAAUGAGUAAUAAAGAUUUAAUAUCCAAGAAUAUCGGUAUAUACAAAGCUCAAGCUUCAGCCUUGGAACAACAUGCAGAUACAAAUUGCAAGGUUCUUGUGGUUGCUAAUCCUGCAAAUACGAACGCGCUCAUCUUGAAAGAAUACGCGCCUUCAAUCCCCGAAGAGAAUAUCACAUCCCUCACAAGACUUGAUCAUAAUCGCGCGUUAAACCAAUUAUCUGAGAAUCUAAAUGUUCAUGUUGGUGAUGUAAAAAAUGUUAUUAUGUGGGGAAAUCACUCCUCAAACCAAUAUCCAGACGCUAAUCAUGCUAUGGUCAACAUUGGUGUUGGACAUAAAUCCGUGAAAGAACUUGUUACCGAUGAUAAUUGGUUGAACACGGAGUUCAUAACAAAUGUGCAACGAAGAGGUGAAGUUAUAAUAAAAUCUAGAAGGUUGUCUAGUGCUUUAUCAGCUGCAAGUGCUACGUGUGAUCAUAUGCGUGAUUGGAUUCUUGGUACUCCCAAGGGAACAUGGGUGUCGAUGGGAGUUUAUUCUGACGGGUCGUAUGGUAUCCAACCGGGGCUAAUUUACUCGUUCCCAGUCACUUGUGAGAAAGGCGAAUGGUCAAUUGUUCAAGGGCUAAAGAUUGAUAAGUUUGGAAGGGAGAAGAUGGAUGCUUUAGAAAAAGAGCUCAUUGAGGAAAAAAACUUUGCCUACUCAUGCCUCCAUUGAUAAUCAAUCUUAUGUGUAAUAGGAAAAUGAGUAGUUUUUAUAUUAUCAUAUUUGUAUAAAUUCUAAAUAAAUUAUCGAACAUGAACCAUUAAAGACAGUUGAUGUAUCUAUAUUUAUAUUAUGUCAUGUUGCUUUUCCUCGGAGUUGAGUGUCUUAGACCACAAAUCUAACAACUUCAGUUCUCUAAAGAACACCAUUUUUAGAAUUCACAAGUUAGAUGUAGUUUAUUUGUGUAAGUAUUACCAUUAAGGGUUUCCCUAUUUCCCA